CAGAGUUGGCAUACGAAUUUAAAUCGUAUACUUUCUACGAGGCAUUAUCCAACGGAAAUGAUUUUUUACAGGUUACAUAAUCAAGAAAUAUCGAAUCUCAUCUAUGCUUAUGAGGAUGAAAUAAUCAUUCAAUUUUCAAGAAAAUUAUGUAGAGGCAAAAGUGAAAAAUGUAUUGCGCUUAAUAACGUACCUACGUGA